AUGGCAGUUUAUGUCGAACAUGAUGGAAGACAUACAUGGUACCCCACUCUACACAGCUCGACCCUGACCCUCUGUGCUGCUGUCAUUCCUGUCGUUGCCACGAGGGCCAAGGUCAAGGGGAGGUCGAUCUUCAUCCUGAAUUUGGAUGCUGGGUGGUUAUCAGGCGAAAAAGGGCCACUGGAAACUGUGAUCGACAGCGUAGAGGGCGCAGGAAGGAAAAAGGUUUCAUGCAGGGCAGCCAGCCAGUUCCAUGCGGACUGCUGCGUCAAACCAUCCACUCGGGGCUUUGCACAACAAGUUGAGGUGCAUACCGAGGAGAAGCAGGCAUUUUUCUGCGCUUUCGCAUCGCAUCCCCAGAACUCUUUUGUGCUUGUCAGGCCCGUUCAGAGGAAGCUACACAAAUCGCCCAGGGAACAAAGAGUCACCUGGCUCCUGAGCAACUGCUUGCUGCGCCUCGUCGCUAUUGCUCGAUGUUCGGCUGCCAGUCUAAACGUGGUACUCCGCCAGACCAUCCAUGUUUCGAGAAAUAACCCUGAGGUAUCACGCUUCGCAAGGAAUCGGAGGCAACAGACCCUGCAACCUAUUCCCCACUCCAGAAUGCCUGGAUCAUCUUUGCAGCAACUCGAUCUCUGA